CUUUGUGUCUCAAAGUGCCCAGACAGGUUUGUGACCUACAUUGAUGUUCAGGCUUCCUACAGAUACAAACCUGAUCAGUGGAAUUACUUCAAGCAGUUCUGCAAACCUGGUUUUAACAAUCCUCGCAAGUCUGUUGCUCAAGUCCUACGUGAUGAAGAUUGUCCUUCAAUGAUCAUUCCAAGCAGGCCUUUUCUUAAGAGAUGCUUCCCAGACUUCUCCACGAAGAAUGGUGUGCUGACUGUGGCAAAUCAGACUACGUUCAAAGAUGGAAGAGGGAAAACAAGAAAUGUAACCGAUCUCAGGGAAGCUGCAAACGGCAUCAAUAAUGUCCUGGAUGCAAGAUCAAUUGGAGUAAAAAUAUUUGAAGACUAUGCCAUUUCUUGGUACUGGAUUUUAAUUGGGCUGUUCAUUGCAAUGAUUGUGAGUCUGCUCUUCCUUGUGUUAUUGAGGUUCACAGCUGGGGUUCUCUUCUGGAUUUUCAUCUUUGGAGUGAUUGGAAUUAUAGGUUAUGGCAUCUGGCAUUGUUACUGGGAGUACGACCAUCUUAAAGGAAUACCUGGAUCUGACCUCACUGUUUAUGAUAUUGGGUUCCAGACAGAUUUCAGAGUGUACCUGCAGCUGAGGCAAACAUGGUUAGCAUUUAUGAUAAUACUUUGUGGUGUUGAGGUCAUAAUCAUACUGAUGCUGAUCUUCCUAAGGAAUCGGAUCCGGAUCGCCAUUGCACUCUUGAAGGAAGGCAGUAGGGCUAUUGGCUAUAUAAUGUCUACGUUGUUCUACCCAAUCGUCACCUUCCUACUCAUUGCAGUUUGUAUUUCCUACUGGGCUGUGACAGCUGUUUUUCUGGCUACAUCAGGAGAACCUGUGUAUAAAGUAAUGGCCAAUCAAACACUGUGCAAGUAUGCAAACCUGACUUGUGACCCAGAGACUUUUAACACAACCAAUGUCACUAAAUUGUGUCCAGGUGCUCAGUGUACUUUUGCAUUUUACGGAGGAGAAAGCCUGUACCAUAAGUACAUCUUCAUCUUCCAGUUAGCCAAUGCCUUUGUCUUUCUCUGGCUGGUGAACUUUGCAAUUGCACUCGGUCAGUGUACCCUUGCUGGUGCCUUUGCCUCCUAUUACUGGGCCUCUCGAAAACCAGCUGAUAUUCCCCUAUGGCCGCUCUUCUCUUCAUUCGGACGAGCAAUACGAUACCAUACUGGUUCGCUGGCAUUUGGAGCCUUAAUUCUUGCAAUUGUCCAGCUCAUUAGAGUAAUACUGGAGUACUUGGAUCACAAACUGAAAGGUACACAGAACUCCUUCACUAGAUUUCUGCUCUGCUGCCUCAAAUGCUGUUUCUGGUGUUUGGAAAAAUUCUUGAAAUUUAUAAACAGAAAUGCCUACAUCAUGAUUGCCAUCUAUGGUAAAAACUUCUGCACCUCGGCGAAGGAAGCGUUCUUCCUGCUCAUGCGGAACGUGGUAAGAGUUGCAGUUCUGGACAAAGUUACAGACUUCCUUUUGUUCCUGGGGAAAAUCCUCGUUGCUGGUGGUGUAGGUGUUCUUGCGUUUUUUUUCUUCACACAGAAGAUACCAGUCAUUGCACAGGAAGCACCAACGUUAAAUUACUACUGGGUACCAUUGUUGACAGUCAUUAUCGGCUCCUACCUAGUUGCACACGGGUUCUUCAGCGUCUAUGCAAUGUGUGUCGACACGCUUUUCCUCUGCUUUUGUGAAGACCUGGAAAGAAAUGAUGGAUCUACAGCAAAACCCUACUUCAUGUCAGCUAGCCUUCACCGAAUUCUAGGGAAGAAGGAGUUAAGCCCUAAGAAGGCAGUGGGAUAACAUACACUAAACUGCAACAUCAAAACAGUGUCACUUUUAAGCAAAAUGUGUAUAAAGUAGGCAAAAGUAAAAACUGUAAAUGAUG